UUCUUACCCAUUUGUUAAUCUUCUUUCAAGGUUCCUAACUUGCCUCAUGCCUUGGCAUAGAGAACCCAAGGGCCUAACUGGGUUCUGCAUUGGCGCUGAAGAAAGAGAAACCGCUGUCUCUGAGCUACUGAAGUCUGCUGUUGGGUGCAGCCAGCGCUGAUCUCUCAUCCCGGGCCGUGUGGGAGCUUCGCAGCAUGAUCAAAUGCACCAUCCCGAGCAGCCGUCCUCUGCUGGAAUUUUCUGACUACGGCUGCUACUGUGGCUUGGGAGGCAGCGGGACUCCAGUGGAUGAGCUUGACAGGUGCUGUCAAGUACAUGACGACUGCUACACACAGGCAAAUAAACUAAAAUCAUGCAGAUUCCUCUUGGACAACCCCUACACAAAGUUGUACAGCUUCAGCUGCUCCGGCGGGCAGAUUACAUGUAACAGCAAGAACAACGAAUGCGCGAUGUUCGUCUGCAACUGCGACCGCGCCGCUGCCAUGUGCUUCGCCAGGGCGCCCUACAACCCCGAGCACAGCAAGCUGGACACCAAGAAACACUGCAGAUAGCCCCCCCCACCCCUCUUCCUCCUCCUCCUCCCCAGAGCCGCAGCAGGCCGGCGGCGGCCGGUCACCAAUAAACGCCUGGCACAAA